UGGUCCAACCGCUCACUCUGGAUCGAGAUGUUGCCAGGGCUAUCGAGCUGCUGGAGAAGCUGCAGGAGUCGGGUGAUGUUCCCGGUCACAAGCUCCAAUCCCUGAAGAAGGUCCUUCAGAGUGAAUUCUGCACAGCCAUCAGAGAGGUGUACCAAUACAUGCAUGAAACCAUUACAGUGAAUGGCUGUCCAGAGUACCAGGCGAGGGCCACAGCUAAGGCCACAGUCGCAGCCUUUGCAGCCAGCGAGGGCCACUCUCACCCGCGGGUGGUGGAGCUACCCAAGACAGAGGAAGGACUCGGCUUCAACGUGAUGGGUGGCAAAGAGCAGAAUUCUCCCAUCUACAUCUCCCGCAUUAUUCCCGGGGGUGUGGCCGAGAGGCACGGCGGCCUGAAACGAGGGGACCAGCUCCUGUCUGUCAACGGCGUGAGUGUGGAAGGUGAGCACCACGAGAAAGCAGUGGAGCUGCUUAAGGCGGCCAAGGAUAGUGUGAAGUUGGUGGUUCGCUACACCCCCAAAGUGCUGGAGGAGAUGGAGGCUCGCUUUGAGAAGCUUCGUACGGCCCGGCGGCGCCAGCAGCAGCAGCUCCUCAUGCAGCAGCAGCAACAGCAGAACCUGGCCUCUCAGCAGAACCACAUGUCGUAGGUUGUUCCAAAAGAAGAAGAAGGAGUGAAGGAGAGCGGAAAGGUGGAUCUCAAAGACCAUCUGUUUGUGUUAAAGGAUCCCAGAGGAAUCUCUCUGUUGUGGAGGAAACCAACUAGUAGAAGACUUUAACUUAACUCUCUCCCUGUCAGUGUACCACCGAUUAACUGAGCAAAAACGAAGAGAGCGUCUGUCCUAAAACUGGUGCUUUGAAAAACAAGGAUGAGGGAGGCUAGCACUGAAAGUCAUUCAUUUUAUCUUUAUAUUCCCCUUUUAUACGUUGUUCUCCCUUGGAUAGUUCAAGAUUGUGACUCUUACUGAAGCUCCCUUUCUUGUUUGUCGUUUUGUUACAGUCGUCCAUUUUUGAUUGCUUACCGACACCCAUUACGCUGUGGCACCUUUGCCAUUUCGCCAUAGAUAUCAUUUGUACAGUGGUGUUUUUAUUGAUUCUUCAACUGGUGCUUGUGUCUUUGUAUGAAUGACCAUUGUUUUGUUAAAAGUUGUUUUUUUUUGGUGUGUGUGUGUGUGUGUCCUGUUUUGGAGAAACGUGAACUCUUUUUUACCUUCUAUAUUGUAGCAAGAAAAGAUUUUAUAUCUUGUAGGUUUAGCAAUAACACACAUUCUUCAGUUUUACAUUUCACCACAAAAUUGAUGAUCUGAUACAUACACAGUUUAUGGGAUCGGUGCAAAUGUAAAUUGUUGUAAAGCAAAGUGGGUCUUAUGCACUGAAAGGCAGCUUCUGAGUCUAAAUCUAUCCUCUGUGCCAUUUAAAGAGAUUAUUGAUUUACAGGUGGCAUGUACAAUUACUGUGCAAUAAUUGCGGAUACUGACAGACUUUGUAAGCUACUCCCAACUGAGAUUUAUCCAGAAAAUAUAUGUUACCAAGGGAUUUCAACAAGGCUCACGUUCACCCUCGGAAAUGUUAACUGUGUCCUAUUCCCGACAAACAGAAUGUCACCAAUUUUCAUUUGAACAGAGUUGGAAUUAAAUCAAAAUAUGGUAGAAUUAUGUUUAUUUUUCAAACGUGUCUAUUUAAUAGUUUAUGACGAGAUCAGAUUUAACAUAGUUUUAUUGUUCCUUUUAAAUAUUAUGUAUUCUUUCUAAGACGUGCAGAUUAUUAUUUAAAAUCUAUUCAUUGUAUAAACAGCUGAAUACUAGCACAUAGUCCAUGUGGAUCUGUUCCUUGUGUUUCUGUUUUGACAAUCAUUGUGAACGGCGAUGAGACUGUGUGGGAUGUUUUACCUUUUUCUUUCCUUUCUCCGCCUGUAGGAAAAAAACAAACAAACAUGUUUUUAAGCUUCUCUCUAAUAUCCCAGUACCAAGUGUGAGUUUAUUUUACUGUCAUCUCCAUCUUUGGUGCUUAGCGCUUUUCGUGCACUGUACUUCCCAGAGAUUACUUCUCAGUUGAUCUUUGUGUUACUGAUACUCUCUUGUGUUGAUUCUGUUUCGUUUUCUUUAAGUGGUAAUCUUUUCUUUGUUCGUUCAAUUUAUCCCAAACAGACUCCAAACAUCACUUCUUGUAUGCCAGAUUAUGUUAUUUUUCCCCAAGAGAGACCAAACUAAGUGGUAUUUUCAUGAAAAUGUUGCAGAAUAAUGUAUAUGAAUAAUGUGUUCUGAACAGUUACAUCUAAUUGCUAAGUCCAGCAGAGCAAAAUUCUCCUAUCAUAAUACGUGCCAUGCUGCCAAACAUUGUCAUUUCCUAAAAAAACUGUUAGCGCUGAGAUUGACUAAAUGCUAAAGCUUUGGUAUUACGUGACCACUGCGCUCAGGUUUUAUAGGAAUCCCAUCACUGGAUAUUUAAAAUGUGUUUGUCCCUCAUUCACACUCUAAGCAGAAAUCUCAAUACAACAGAUCCCUUUUUGUAUCUUUCAAUCACAGGUACUCUUUCUUAAUUGAUUGACUUGCAUUUUUGAAGCUGAUGGUCCUGUGCUUAACGUAAAAAAGAAAAAAAAAUACAACAAAUUGUUGAUAUGCAAUUGUUAUACAUACUAUAUUUGUAUAAAUAAAUCUAUGUGCUUGUGUACAGUGAUCACUUACUUUGUCAACUCUUCCUUCAUAUCUCCUGCUGCAUCUUUAUGGUGUCAUUAAAGGGCAUGGCUGGCUGGA